AUGCGGGACUCGGCCCGGGAGGGCUUGGUCUGGGACGACAACGGUUUGGGCCCAGAGCCGAGAUGGACGCGGGAUCCCCAUAUCUGGGCCGUCCGACGUGUUUGUCGGCGCCAUUUGGGCAUCGCGCAUGACGCGAACGACGACAAGCUGGACGUCCAUUUCCACGCCGACGGCGCCUUCAACAAACUCUAUCGCGUCCGCUCUCCCCGCGGUCACUUCAUGAUGCGCGUGUCGUUGCCCGUCGACCCUCGCAACAAGACGCUUGGCGAGGCGGCGACACUCCAGCUGGUCCGUCGCAGGACCGAUGUUCCCGUGCCAGAUGUUGUGGCCUUUGACGAGUCCCGGGCUAACGAGAUUGGCUACGAGUGGCUGUUGAUGGAGUUGAUUCCGGGAACGCCAGUUUACUACCGCUGGCGGAAGAUGUCCAUGGCACAAAAGGAGACUCUGACGGCCCGCGUGGCCGACUUUCAUGCCCAGCUGCUCCGCUGCGGCCACUCUGGUGAAGGAUUCCGAGGCAUCGGCACAUUGGGGACUGGACUCGGCCCUGAGAAAGGGAUUCUCGAACCUGGGCCUAUCGUGUCGAGCUUCUUCUUCACCGGGCAGCGCAAUCACUUCCCGAUCCCUCGUGGCCCGUUCAGUUCCAGCCACGACUGGCUGCGUGCUCAGCUCAACAUCAUUCUCAAGGAGCACACAACGGCUUUGGCAGAGGCCGAGAACGACGAGGACAGGGAGUACGCCGAGACGGCCCUCCGUGUGGCUCGGAAACUUCUGCGCAACCUGCACAAGGUGUUCCCGGCCAUCGUGCACCCUCCGGAGCGCACCGUCGUCUGGCACGACGAUCUUUCGCUCCGGAAUAUCAUGGUCGACGGCAACGGGGCCAUCACGGGGGUCAUUGGAUGGGAAUGUGCCUCGGCAUUGCCGCGAUGGGUGGCGUCCCAAGUACCCGAGUUUCUGCGAGGUGCAGUAAGGGAAACAAAGCCGGACCGUGACCGCUACACGGACGUCGACAAGGGCCGCGAUGCCUCCGGCAGCGACGACUUCGACGACAGCCUCGACAACGAGGGCAAGACCGAGCUCUACUGGAUCCACCUGAUGGAAUACGAGCAGACGCAGCUUCGCAAGGUGUACGCGGCACGCAUGCAGCAGCUCCGGCCGGAGUGGGACGUGGAGGUCGAGGAAAGCGCGUUGAAGGUGGACUUCCUCGGCGCGGUAUCACGAUGCGGCUCCGGCUUCUACCUUCGGCGCAUUGAGCAGUGGGUGGACGCCGUCGAGCGGAAAGAGUACCUUCCCCUGAUGGAGGUUCUCCGAGUUGGCAUUCCGAAAGAGAAGGCUAAGAACACGAAUCCGAAGCCCGCCUUGGCAGCUCUCACCGUGGUGAGCAGGCUCUCAUAA